AUACUGUGUAUUCAGUCCUGAGACGCCGAAGCGACACCAUCGACAUCGCGAGAACCUGUGACUCGUAGUGAUAUUGGGACGAGAAGAAUAAACUAUACUUGGAAGAAAGAGUUUGUUCCGUAGAGUGAAAAGAUGGCUCUGUUUGUGGCAGUGUUGCUGGCGUCGGUGGUCCUGCGCGCCGAGGCGUCGCCGGUGUCGCCUCGCGUCGCCCGAGACAUCAACUUCGACAUCGUGAUGCCAGGCAUCCACGACGUGCCCCUCGCAGGGUCCACGACGGCCGAGGGCGGGGACGCGCUGCUCUUCCUGGACUCGCUGCCGAAGUUUACCAAGGCCAGCAAGCCCUGGGACGGGAUGAUACAGCUGGAAAAGCCGCAGCCGGGAGAGGUGGAGGAGGCGCGGCCGGGAGAGGAGGAGGAGGCGCGGCCGGGGGUGGAGGAGGAGGCGCGGCCGGGAGAGGAGGAGGAGGCGUGGCCGGGGGUGGAGGAGGAGGCGCGGCCGGGAGAGGAGGAGGAGGCGUGGCCGGGGGUGGAGGAGGAGGCGCGGCCGGGGGAGGACGUGGGGAGCGGCGCGGCCAACCUGAUGUUCCCGACGGUGAGCUCCCAGCCGCCGGCCGCGCUCAAUGCCACGAGGGAGGCAGCCGAGGGCAGCGGCUCCUUCGCGUUCCCGUCGCCCAUCUCACUGGGCGAGGAGGUUCCCCCGCGCAGCGUGCGCACAGAGGGCGAGUGCGCGCUCAGCAAGGGCAUGGUCCUAUUCAACGGGUCGUGCGAGCAGCUGCUGGCCCGCAACAAUUGCGCCGAGGACGAGUGGCUGGUGCUGUUGGAGGGCGUGGCGCAGUGCACGCCGCGACCGUGCCCCUGGGGCAAGAUUCCCUUCGAGGAGGACUGCGUGGACCCCCUCAACCUGUCGGUGUGCGACAAAGGUCAGGUCCUGUACAUCGACUUCGAGGGCAAUUCGGUGUGCGACUGCGACCUGGGCUUCCUGUACGACCCGUCGAACGGCAACUGCAACGCGCGCCACGAGAAGGGCUCCUGCCCCUUCGGCGAGUACGUGGAUGUGUCUGCGAGCGGCAUGGUGGAGUGCGUGCCCAACCCCUGCGUCUCGAACGGCUACGUGAAGGGGGAGGACGGGUGCUACCGCAAGAUGUACGGCGGCUUCUGCGAGGACGCCAAUCUGCUGUUCCACAAAAAGAACAACACAGCCGAGUGCCGCAAGGUGGCGCUGCACAACAUCCUGGACGUGACCGAGCUGCGCGACUGCCCCGCCGGCUCCAUCAGGGACUACCUGAACGUGUGCCGCGAGACCUUCCACUUCUCCACGCUCUCCUCGUACCCCACACUGUACGGCGGCUGCCCAGGGGGCUUCGCGCGCGACCCAAGCGGCACCUGCAGGAAGCUCAGCACGCUCUUCGGGAGGUAACGGCGGCCUCGGCCUUAGGUACUCUUGGCCACAAGUUAAACCGAGGGAAAGAACCUGUACUUUCCUUCUCUAUUAUUAUUAUCGUUUCUGCGUUAGUAUUUUUCCCGGGAGCACAUUUUAUAGUAAGAGUCAAACACGCCUUGUAGUUUGAGUGCGGCGGCAGCAGAGGACUACAGUCCCUUGGGAAGGUGUCUUCCACGCCCGGUGAAUGUUGUGUGAAAGCAAACAAAGACUUUUUUGUUAUAAUUUCCAGUAUUUGAGAUAUAUAUUAUUAAUCUGUGAUACUAGAUAAGUGGUUUAUAUUAAAUAUAAAUGUAUAAUUGAA